UGCUGCCAGCUGAUAGCAGCCAGUGUGAUGUGUAACACGAAGGAGAAGUGCGCUUCCUGACUGCAAAAAUGACCCACAGCACUCCGUCACGUACCGAAAGCAUUGGACAGCGACGCAGCGAGUCUUAACUGAGUGUCUACAACACGGUCACGGUUUAUAUCCACUGUUAUCGUACUGCUUUUGAGGGUUUCUGGUCGGGGACAUGUAGCCAGCCUCCCUGUGACUUGUCUUCAACCUGCGUGUGUUACUGCUCCACUGAUCGAGAUGCGUUUCAACGAGAAGGAGCUGGUGUGUCUGAGCCGCCAGCCCUCAGAGAUGGCAGCUGAACUAGGGAUGAGAGGACCCAAGAAAGGAGACGUUGUAAAGAAGAGGCUGGUAAAACUCGUCGUGAACUUCCUCUUCUAUUUCCGGACAGAUGAGGAGGAGCCAAUCGGAGCUUUGUUAUUGGAGCAGUGUCGGGUGGAGAGGGAGGACAGCCAGACAUUCUCUAUCGCAUUUCUGGAUGAGGCAGAGAGGAAGUAUCUGUUUGAGUGUGACUCUGAACAGCAGUGUGGGGAGUGGAUUGACUGCAUUAUCAAGGCCAGUUACGAGUUUAUGAGGAAGAACCUUAUAUUCUACAGAACAGAGAUCCACAGGCUUACUGGCAAGGACCCUCUGGAGCAGUAUGGUAUAUCAGAUGAAACUCGCUUCCAAGUCAGCAACGGUCUGCAGCCGAAGCAGAGAGAUACCUCCUCUCUGUAGACCAGCGUCCUGCAUCCAGAUGUUCUUCAUCAUCAUUUUAGUUCAUUCUGCCAUUCCAACAUGCACUCCACACUGGUUUGAAAACAAAGGCAUUACCACUGCUACCGUUUUAGAUGAUCACUACUCUGAAUGUAUUUAGUGUUGCUCCAACUUAACAGUGAGGUUCUUAUGAAAAUGGUGUAGCAGGGUAUCUUAGGGCCUUAGGCUAUGUAUUAUUUCUCUUAUGUCAUUGCCAUUCAGUCCAGGUAACAUGGGGCUUUGGAAUACUAUACUUGUAUUUCAGGUUUAUGGGAUCUUUCCGACUCUGCUUGGUUAGUUGACUGCCUGUAUAAAAUGUCUCUUAUAUACUAUGUUCUGUAGUAGACAUGCUGUGUUUUUAGACUAUGUGAUUCUGGGAGCGUUUGUUUGGGAGAUCUGGGGUUGUGUCCUGUCUAAGGAUUGUUAGCACUAAAAGCAAGACUUCCUUAAACAAGAAUCAAUCCAGGACAUAAACAUUUGGUUCAAAUCAAUCUGGCAGCAUUUACAGUCCUAAUUUGAACUGCACAGGCCCUUUGAUCUGCUGAGUUGAGCCAUAUGUUACUCAGUUUUUGCUUGUGAGAAAAAUGACUUUUAGUAAUCCCAAUAUGUGUUUAUCGUCUAGCCCAUUUAGAUCAUUUAGUUUUUAAAAACUAUACUUUUGCACAGAGUACUUUACUGGGUGUUAGUUUUUUUAUUAGAAUUUCAAUAAUGUACUUGAAUCUACUGUACCUUUUCUGCGGCACUUUGAAUGCAAUUCCUUUAGCUAAGCUGCCGGACCAUGUUGGGAUACCAGACUCUUGACGUUUUUUUGUUUUUAAAAUAUCACACCAACAUCAUUAUCAGUGUAGCUAUAACAGAGUUACAGCUUACUGUGAGCUUAAAUCUAGCUCUCAAUGACAUUUCACCAUAACGCAUUGCUGUAUCAAAUUGGUAAAAUAUUUAUUUCAGUAGUCAGGAGUCUACCCACAAAGUGAUUGAAUGUUAAUUUGUUUUCAAACUUGUGUCCAGUCUGUCUUUACUUCAUGAUAGAUUAUAUUUGUUUCACUGCCUUUUCAGUCCUAUAGGUUAAUUUUUUUUUACUAAUAAAGCCAUUUGAAAGAUA